AUGUUUUUUUUUCUUAUUUUCAUUCCAGAUGAGAACUUUACUUGUGAAUACUUGAUUCAAUGUCUUUCUAUGCACUGUCGACUUAGCAUACCUCUAACCAUUGAUGAUCUGAUUUCCCUUUUUUUUUUUCCGUUAACCAAUUGCCUUUAA